AUGGCCCUACCACCGCAGCCCGCCCAUCAAGCCAGCUUCAGCAUGGAGUCUUACGCUUCCCCAGCAGCCUCUUUCGAUCAGUCUGUCGCCUUACAACGCUGCGCUCACCCGACGGCGGUACCCUCCGGAAACCUCAAGGUCGCAGGUCGCAAACGCUCUCGCGAUGAGGCCGCCCCCAACCUUGUUACAGACGAGCCCGAGCCUCACGCCGAACACAAAGAGGCUGAGGAUGAGUGGGAGUACGGCCCAGGCAUGGUACUCAUCAAGAAGGGAAGCUACGUCGCCGACGCAAGCAGUCAGUCAGGCACCUGGGUCGAAGAGAAGGCGGCGGAAGACGAGGCUCGUAAGGCCAGGGAAGCCAUCACGCGUCUGCACGAACAACAACAGCGCCCUUCUCUCCGCAGCAAUAAAUCUCAACGACUCACGCAGAACAACGUGCAUGGUUUCGGCGCGGCCAGCCAACCUGUUCCUGCGUCAACAGCAGAAUCUCUUCCCUUGCAACAAGCUUCUCAGCCCAUAGUCGACCACUUUACCUUGCAUCUCGGCGUUGGCUGGAGACGCAUCAGCGAAGAUCAGCACAUCCAGGCUGCUGCUCGUGGAUGGGCCCGUUACAUUGAGAACCAUUACCCAGUCUCGUCGGCUGUCAUUCGACUCGAAAGCAAAGGGCUACAAUCAUAUCUAGUGGAAGCAGCUGAGGGCUUUUUUCUCUUUUCCGAGGAUCUUCGACAAGGUCGGUUUGUCAGUGCAGACGCCGAGGGUGCACUAAGAAACUUGAAGUGCUCACCUCCCGCAUUCGACGGCCCAGAGACUCUCGCGGCGACUGAGUCCCCAGCUAGCGAAUCACCCUCCACCACGCUUGCAGCAGAGGCAGACAUCCAGAUGGAGAUGUGCUAA